CCCCAUAGACCCUUCCUUUUCCCUCAGCCGCCCCGCAAGUAUUUAAAGGGGCGCAGGGCCUCUGCCAGACAUCAGUUUCACUGCAUCGUUCCAACAUGAAGGCUGUCUUCGUCCUCUGCCUCGCCGCCCUGGCCUCCGCCGCCCCCAAGCCUCAGGGAGACGGCCCCGUCGUCGCCAUCUUGAGGGACGAACGCGUCGACAACGGCGACGGAAACUUCAACUACGCCUUCGAGGCCGACAACGGCAUCUCCAUGCAGGUCUCCGGAACCCCCGGUUCAGAGGGACAGGUCAACAUGGAGGGAGUCUACCUCCUUCCUCUGGCUGACGGAGGCUUCGCCGAGAUUCGCUUCAUCGCCAACGAGAACGGCUUCCAGCCCUCAGGAGACAUCCUGCCCACCCCCCACCCACUGCCCGCCCACGCCAUCGAGCAGAUCCGCAUCGCUGAGCAACAGAGAGCUGAAGGCAUCACCUUCGAGUAAUCGAAUUCGUAGCACCUUUGUUUUGGCUUCUCGUCGAGGAUAGUAUUCUGUAAAUAACCGAUGUAAAUUUUUAUACCAAAUAAUGCAAAACUGAAAAAUAUUAAAUGAACGAAGAAUCAAA